UUGUGCCCCUGAGCCUGAGAGUCUGGACAUGGGAGAUAUCAGAGCGAGGGAGAGGCACAUCCAGCCUGCCAGUUAGAUCAGUGUGUAGCUGUGAAAGUGCAUUUGUAGGUGACAAAAUGGCGAUGUCAGAGCAGCUGGAGGCUGAUGGAGGCUGUUCCUCCAAGUCAUUCAAGCUGUACUCCCCAAAGGAGCCCCCCAACGGUAGCACUUUCCCCCCUUUCCACCCCGGCACCAUGCUCGACAGAGAAGUGGGUCCCACCCCAAUGUAUCCGCCCACAUACCUGGAGCCAGGAAUAGGGAGGCACACACCGUAUGGCAACCAGACAGACUACAGAAUAUUUGAACUCAACAAACGACUACAGAACUGGACAGAGGAGUGUGAUAACCUGUGGUGGGAUGCAUUUACUACAGAGUUUUUUGAAGAUGAUGCAAUGUUGACCAUCACAUUCUGUCUGGAAGAUGGACCCAAACGUUACACAAUUGGCCGGACGCUGAUUCCACGGUACUUCCGGAGUAUAUUUGAAGGCGGUGCAACUGAACUCUACUAUGUGCUGAAACAUCCCAAGGAGUCAUUCCACAAUAACUUUGUCUCCCUCGACUGUGAUCAGUGCACCAUGGUCACCCAGAAUGGAAAACCCAUGUUCACACAGGUGUGUGUAGAGGGGCGCUUGUACCUGGAAUUCAUGUUUGAUGACAUGAUGAGGAUAAAGACGUGGCACUUUAGCAUCAGACAACACCGUGAACUCAUCCCCCGCAGUAUACUGGCCAUGCAUGCCCAGGACCCACAAAUGCUGGACCAGCUGUCCAAAAACAUUACAAGAUGUGGCCUGUCAAACUCCACCCUCAACUACCUCCGACUGUGUGUGAUUCUGGAGCCCAUGCAGGAGCUGAUGUCCAGACACAAGACAUACAGUCUCAGCCCAAGAGACUGCCUCAAAACCUGCCUCUUCCAGAAAUGGCAGAGGAUGGUGGCACCACCAGCCGAGCCAUCGAGACAGGCGCCUAACAAACGGCGGAAGCGCAAAAUGUCAGGCGGCAGCACCAUCAGUGGAGGAGGAGGAACCAACAACAACAACAACAACAAAAAAAAGAGCCCUGGUAGUGGCUUCCCUCUGUCCAGCCAAGUUCCAGAUGUGAUGGUAGUGGGAGAGCCCACACUGAUGGGAGGGGAGUUUGGUGACGAGGACGAGCGUCUGAUCACACGACUGGAGAACACGCAGUUCGACGCGGCCAACGGUAUCGACGACGAGGACAGCUUCAACAACUCUCCGGCGCUGGGCUCCAACUCGCCCUGGAACAACAAGGCCCCCUCCAGCCAGGAGAGCAAGAGCGACAACCCCACCUCACAGGCAUCACAGUAGAGCCCAGGACCCCGCAACCUCAGCACAAACCCCUAUCUGUCACUCCUCAGCCACCCCACCCUCACAGCCAGGAUUGCAAAACCGCCAUCCAACCAGAAAGCUCAUCACACAGGUAGCCUGAGGGUGCUCAGUGUGUCUAUUCCAGACAGUUUAGCUGAGCGAGAGAACGUUUUCAUGUUUAGUUAGUGUUCCCCACCUCUAUCGGCCUAUCCCUUAUACACAAAUUGUCAGAUCUGCUGUCAGUUUUGACAGCAACCAGGUAAACAUGACCAACAGACCAAGCAAGCCCUGUUCACACUAACCCAUCUAUACUGACACUGACAUACAGGAAGGGGUGGGGUGGAGGCGACGGUGCCAGUGGGGCUUCGAGAUGGUGGCGAGUUGCUUAGGGACAACUUGUCCGCCUGUCCUCUAAACAUGGCUCUCAGUUCUGGUCUGCUACAGCUGAUGCGAUCGCCAGUGGUGGUAUUUGUUAAUAGAGUAUAUGUGUGUGUCUGCGCGAGUGUUUGUGUGUGUGAGAGGGGAGAGAAAAGGGGAAACCUGAGCAUGUUUGUGGCUUUGCUGAAGCAAGCAGACCAGAAUUUAGAAUCAACCUGUACAAAUAUCACUUCAUACACUAGAAGGUGAGCUGAAAAGUGGCACUAGGGAAACACACACACACACACACACACACACACACACACACACACACACACACUAUGAUGGAAGGAUUUUUAGUCCCCUAGUGCCCGAGCCAUCUCUGAUUAGACUACAAUGAAUGCAGUCUUUCAUACAGAGAGCAUGUACAACACACACACACAAAUACACAUACACUCAGCUACACACUUUAAGAGUUUUUAUACAGUAUAUAUUUCCCUAGAAUGUUUUUUAAUUUGUAUUGAACGCCUUCAUUUCAAUUGUUACUUUUUUAUUUUCUACCAAUUCUGAAAAGCUACAGACCAAGGAGCAACACAGGACUUUUAUCCCUCCCCCCUUCUAAAAUAUAUUGUUUUUAUCUUUUAUGUUGAUAAAAGAGAAAUAAUUUAGCGUGGAUGUUUUUAUUUUGUCUUUUUGUUCCUUUUUUGAAGAUUUGAAUUUUUGUGUAUUUGUGCUUGUAUAUUUAAGGUAGUAGCAAAGUUCUGUCUGACUGUAAUAAAAUGUAUUCUUACUUAGAUUUACCUAAAGCCAUCCCGAUCUAAUGUAAACAAACAAAAAUAAGAAAAAGGAGAACCCCCCCGAUCUCCCUCUAUCCUCCCACCUGCUCUUUCCUCUUUUUUUUAAAACGUGUAAAUUAAAUUACGAAACCCCGGGGGUACAAUGGCACCAUGGAGAGAGGAUUUCACUGUUUCAAUUAAUUUUCCUUGUUUGUUCUAAUUUAUUUUGGCAGAAAUUCACUUGUGUAUUUCACCUAUAUGGGAGGCAGUUUCCACUUAACUCAUUAUUUUGUGUACUGCAUCUUUUAACUUGAUGUCAAGUGAAGGUUCUCACUGAAUUCUAAUUAAUUUUAGUGAAUUUCAUGUUUAAUCACUGGCUGAUAAUUUUGAGUUUUUGUCUAAAUUGUGUCGUCCCUUUCAAUAACCAACAGUGACAUGUUGGUUGUACACACAUCCUUCAGCCAAACGCUGACUUCAGUCUGUGGGUUCAGUUUCAGAGGCUCUGUUGGUGAUUUGUACAUGAUCAUUUUGUUACAGUUGAUUCCAGCAACAGUUAUGAGUUUGAAUGGUGACUUGUACCUUCUCAAAACCCUGUAGAAAAAUCAUUGUUUGAUAUAUAUUUUUUUGAUUUGGUUAGUUUCUGCCCUUGAUAAUUAAUGUAUGGUACCAAUAAAAAAGAUACAUUUUCACUUUAAAA